UCAGCCGAGUUCUUCUGUGGUGGGGGCUCUUAACUCGACCAGAGGACAAACUGCCCCCCCACCACUCUGAGGCUCCAAAAGGUCGACCAUGACCAUGAAGAUUUUACUUUUAGGGCUCUUCCUCUGCUUUGGGAGCCCUCUGUCCUGGGGGGACAAGGGCUUGGAGAUACCCGAGUAUGACGGCAAAGACCGGGUCCACACGCUCACCGCCAAGAACUACAAGUCCAUCAUGAAGAGCUACGACGUGAUGGUGAUCUACUACCACAGGAACGUGGGGGAGGACCGUGGUGCCAUGAAACAGCUGCAGGUUGAGGAGCUUGCUCUGGAGCUGAUCACUACUCAAGCUGCACUAAUCUUUCAGCUUGCAGCUCAGGUUCUGGAUGAACUGGAGGACGAGGAUAUUGGAUUUGGGCUGGUGGAUGAGAAAAAGGCCUCUGCUGUUGCUAAGAAGCUGGGUCUGGAUGAGGUGGAGAGCAUCUACAUCUUUGCAGACAAUGAGAUCAUUGAGUACGAUGGCGAGCUCGCUGCAGACACACUCGUUGAAUUCCUCUAUGAUGUGAUUGAAAACCCAGUAGAGGUCAUUGACAACGACCGCGAACUGAAGGGCUUCUUCAACAUGGACGAUGUCAUCCGGUUGGUGGGUUACUUCAAGAGCGAGAGAUCUCCUCAUUUCAUUGAGUAUGAUGACGCAGCUGAGGAGUUUCACCCGUUCAUCAAAUUCUACGCCACGUUUGACCCCAAGAUUGCCAAGAAACUGAAACUGAAGCUGAACGAAGUGGACUUUUAUGAACCGUUCAUGAAUGAACCUGUCACUAUUCCAGGAAAACCGUACAUCGAGUCUGAACUCAUCGAAUACAUUGAACAGCAUGAGAGACCAACACUUAGGAAACUCCAGCCUCACAGCAUGUAUGAAAUCUGGGAGGAUGACAUUGAUGGAGAGCACAUUGUUGCUUUUGCUGAGGAGGACGAUCCAGAUGGUUUUGAAUUUCUGGAAAUCCUGAAAGAAGUGGCUCAAGACAACACUGACAACCCCAACCUCAGCAUCAUCUGGAUCGACCCCGAUGAUUUCCCACUGCUGGUUCCAUACUGGGAGAAAACAUUUGGCAUCGACCUUUCCUCCCCUCAGAUCGGUGUGGUGGAUGUGGCAGAUGCGGACAGCGUGUGGAUGGACAUGGAUGACCAGGACGACAUGCCGAGCUCCGACGAGCUGGAGCAGUGGAUUGAGGACGUGCUGUCUGGUGACAUAGAUUCAGAUGACGAUGAUGAGGAAGAGGAUGACGAAGACUAUGAUGACGAAGACGAAGAUGACGACGAUGAUGAAGACGAAGAUGAUGAAGACGAAGAUGAUGAUGACGACGAUGAUGAAGAAGAAGAUGAAGAUGACGAUUAGUAGAUGUUUCAGCACUGGCUGGAGCAGCCCAAAGUGGACUUGUUUGUGUCCAACAUGACAUUUUUGUGCAGAUUUCUCCUUCUGGACAGGAUAUCGCUCCUCUGAAGGGCAGCAGUUACCUGGCACAACCUAACACACAAAGAUCUACAGUUGUUGUUUCAAUCAGGAAUGUUGAUACAACACAGAGACAAAGAGUGCAACUUUUCAACCUUUGUAAAUACUCUGAAAUGCCAGAGGCAAAGAUUAUUUAAGACAUAUCCUAAUUCAGUGUUGAUAUACAUGAUAAUUAAAGCUGACGAUCACUUGA